AUGCGAGCCUCGCAAAAACGGUUAUUUCCACCAUCCCUUCGGCCCAAAUCGCCUCCCACCCCAACAAAACUCUUCCGCACAUCCUUCCACCCACUUUUCCACCCACUUGUCCAUCCACCCAUCCACCCAGCCACACACCCAACUACCCACUCAGCCCGCCAGCACCGAGUCACCUGUUGCAACCGCCGGCCGCUUGGAGGCAGUCAACCGUGA